AACGGAGAAGCUGGAAAAGGGGGGAAGAGGAGAGGAAGCGGUGGGGUUCGCCCCCCAAAGCGGGUGCCCUCGAAGGAGGAGCAGGGAGGCAUCGCGACAUCUUUUUGCUCCGCGUCGCUUCGGUUGCAACCUGGCAGUGCGCAAAGGCCGGGGAGAGAGCCGGCAGGGAGCUGGGGAGGCAGGCUCGCUCGGCUCCCGGCCUCCCCACGCCGCGCCAGCGGUUAUUUAUAAUUAUCCCCCUUUCCCUCCUGCGGCCGCUCCUCGGCACGCAGCGGGAUUUGGGGUUCCGGCAGCAGGAGACGGGGAGAGGCCUCGGCGGCCGGUGAGACGGGGAUGCUGCGGGCGAUGCCCCGGUGAGCGUCGAGGCGCGGGGGAAUCCGCCGUGUUUCUGCGGGGUGGGAAGAGGGGAAAGACGCCGCGAUGCCCCGGAACAGGGCUUUUUCAGAGCCCGAGUGCUCGGCCGAGUACUCCGCCGACUACUCGGUGAGCUUGCCGUCGGACCCCGAGCACGGCGUGGGGCGGACCCACGAGGUGACGGUGCGCAGUUCGGGCCCCUGCCUCUGCCUCCCCCGUUUCAUGCGCCUCACCUUCGCUCCCGAGUCCCUGGAGAACCUCUACCAGACUUAUUUCCGUCGCCAACGCCACGAGACCCUCCUGGUGCUGGUGGUCUUCGCCGCUCUCUUCGACUGCUACGUCCUCGUCAUGUGCGCCGUGGUCUACGCCGCCGACAAGCUGGCCCCGGCGCUGGUGGCGGUGGCCGGGCUGGUCGCCCACGUGUUGCUCUUCAUCCUCUGCAAGUACAGGCUGCUCCCCGAGCGGGUGGCCCGCAGGUUCCUGCCCUACGUCCUCUGGGUCCUCAUCUUGGCCCAGAUCUUCUGCUACCUGGGCCUCAACUUCUCCCGCUCGCCUGAAGCCAGCGACACGGUGGGCUGGCAGGCGUUCUUCGUGUUCUCCUUCUUCAUCACGCUGCCGCUGCGCUUGGCGCCCAUCGUGCUCAUCACCGCCGUCUCCUGCGGCAUUCACACACUGGUGCUCGGUGUCACCGUCGCCCAGCAGCAACAGGACACCCUGGAUGAGGGCACGCUGCUGAGACAGAUCCUGUCCAACGUUGCCAUCUACCUUUGUGCCAUCACAGUGGGCACCAUGUCCUACUACAUGGCCGACCGCAAGCACCGCAAAGCCUUCCUCGAAGCCCGCCAGUCCCUCGAGGUCAAGCUCAACCUGGAGGAGCAGAGCCAGCAGCAGGAGCGCCUCAUGCUCUCCAUCCUGCCCAAGCACGUGGCUGAUGAGAUGCUGAAGGACAUGAAGAAGGACCCGAGCCAGAAGGAGAUGCAGCAGUUCAACACCAUGUACAUGUACCGCCACGAGAACGUCAGCAUCCUCUUCGCAGACAUCGUGGGCUUCACCCAGCUCUCCUCGUCCUGCAGCGCCCAGGAGCUGGUGAAGCUCCUCAAUGAGCUUUUCGCCCGCUUCGACAAGCUGGCAGCCGAGUACGGCUUCCGCUUCGUGCGCCGGGGAGCCAUCUACGUCAAGGGCAAAGGGGAGCUGCUUACCUUCUUCCUCAAGGGCCGGGAGAAGCAGGGCUCCUUCGUGAACGGCUCCUCCGUCACCCUGCCCCAUCAGGUGGUGGACAACUCAUGA